UAGUUUUUCGUUGGAUGCCCCACCUGUUGACUGAAGAGCAGAAAGCAGCCAGGGUUAAUUGGUGUCAAAAAACGCUUGACCGUUUCAAUUCCAUAAACUCAAAAAAUGUGUACCUCAUUGUUCGUGGUGAUGAAUCGAGGAUUUACUGUUUGCGGAUCGGUAUACCACCAUUUGUUUGCCAAAAGUCAUCACCGAACUUCGAAAAAUCAACCCCGAAAGAAGAAUCAUCUUCCACUCGCACACAGCCCAAAAAACAAGGCAGUAUUUAACGGAAGAAAACGUGGAAUUAUUGGACCAUCCUCCAUAUAGUCCCGAUCUAAGUCCUAACGAUUUCUUAACUUUCCCGAAAAUUGAAAACAGACUGCGUGGUCAAAGGUUCCAGUCACCAGAAGAAGCAGUUGACGCAU